GCGGCGGCGCUGGGCAUUGUGGCCGGCGGCAGGGCGGGUGAGGGCGCCGAGCCGCGGGGAGCGGCAGGGCGCGGAGGGGAGCACACACCCCACUCGGACAGACUUCGCGGCGCGGCCGCUGCGAGCGCCGCUGAGCGCACUCCACUGGGAUCGCACAACUUCGGAGCAGGGCGCGGACGGCGCUCGCAGCAGGAGAGCGCGGAUUCGGCGCACGGGAGCUGGGAUCCCCAGCGGCGUCCGACUCCCGGAGCGCUCCGAGUCGCCGGGCAGCCUCCCGGCGCUGCGUGGUUGCCCGCUGCGCCCGCGGAGGGCACGGGCUGGCGCUGCCGGGCGCCUGCGAGGACUGCGAGGCGAAGGCGAAGGCGAAGGCGGCGAGGCUGGGGACCGGGAAAGAACCCCGAGGGAGAGGCGCCCGGGCCAGGCGACAGGAGCAUGAGGGCCCGGAGCGGGGUGCGGAGCGCGCUGCUGCUGGCGCUGCUGCUCUGCUGGGAUCCAACACCGAGCUUAGCAGGCGUUGACUCUGCCGGCCAGGUGCUCCCGGACUCCUUCCCAUCAGCACCCGCGGAGCAGCUGCCCUACUUCCUGUUGGAGCCACAGGACGCUUACAUCGUAAAGAACAAGCCAGUGGAACUGGGCUGCCGAGCCUUCCCCGCCACGCAGAUCUACUUCAAGUGUAAUGGCGAGUGGGUCAGCCAGAACGACCACGUCACCCAGGAGAGCCUGGAUGAGGCCACAGGCUUGCGGGUGCGAGAGGUGCAGAUCGAGGUGUCGCGGCAGCAAGUGGAGGAACUCUUCGGCCUCGAGGACUACUGGUGCCAGUGCGUGGCCUGGAGCUCAUCGGGAACCACCAAGAGUCGCCGAGCCUACAUCCGCAUUGCCUACCUGCGCAAGAACUUUGACCAGGAGCCUCUGGCCAAGGAGGUGCCCUUGGAUCAUGAGGUCCUCUUGCAGUGUCGCCCCCCGGAGGGAGUGCCUGUGGCUGAGGUGGAAUGGCUCAAGAAUGAAGAUGUCAUCGACCCCGCGCAGGACACUAACUUCCUGCUCACCAUCGACCACAACCUCAUCAUCCGCCAGGCGCGCCUCUCGGACACGGCCAACUAUACCUGUGUGGCCAAGAAUAUCGUGGCCAAGCGCCGGAGCACCACGGCCACGGUCAUCGUCUACGUGAACGGAGGCUGGUCCAGCUGGGCAGAGUGGUCACCCUGUUCCAAUCGCUGCGGCCGAGGCUGGCAGAAGCGGACUCGGACCUGCACCAACCCAGCCCCGCUCAAUGGAGGCGCCUUCUGUGAGGGACAGGCCUUCCAGAAGACAGCGUGCACCACCGUGUGCCCAGUGGACGGAGCGUGGACCGAGUGGAGCAAGUGGUCGGCCUGCAGCACGGAGUGCGCGCACUGGCGCAGCCGCGAGUGCAUGGCGCCGCCACCCCAGAACGGAGGCCGCGACUGCAGCGGGACGCUACUUGACUCCAAGAACUGCACGGAUGGGCUGUGCGUGCUGAAUCAGAGAACUCUAAACGACCCUAAAAGCCACCCCCUGGAACCGUCGGGAGAUGUGGCGCUGUAUGCAGGCCUCGUGGUGGCCGUCUUCGUGGUGGUAGCGGUUCUCAUGGCCGUGGGAGUGAUCGUGUACCGGAGAAACUGCCGGGAUUUUGACACGGACAUCACUGACUCCUCUGCAGCCCUCACUGGUGGUUUCCACCCUGUCAACUUCAAGACUGCAAGGCCCGGCAACCCGCAGCUCCUGCACCCAUCUGCCCCUCCAGAUCUGACAGCCAGUGCUGGCAUCUACCGCGGGCCUGUGUACGCCCUGCAGGACUCCGCCGACAAGAUCCCCAUGACUAAUUCGCCCCUGCUGGAUCCCCUACCCAGCCUCAAGAUCAAGGUCUAUCACUCCAGCACCAUCGGCUCUGGAUCCGGCCUGGCUGAGGGAGCCGACCUGCUGGGUGUCCUGCCGCCUGGCACGUACCCAGGCGAUUUCCCCCGGGACACCCACUUCCUGCACCUGCGCAGCGCCAGCCUUGGCUCCCAGCAUCUCCUGGGCCUGCCUCGAGACCCCAGCAGCAGCGUCAGCGGCACCUUUGGUUGCCUGGGAGGGAGGCUGAGCAUCCCCGGCACAGGGGUCAGCCUGUUGGUGCCAAAUGGAGCCAUUCCCCAGGGCAAGUUCUAUGACUUGUAUCUACACAUCAACAAGGCUGAAAGCACCCUCCCACUUUCGGAAGGUUCUCAGACAGUAUUGAGCCCCUCGGUGACCUGCGGGCCCACAGGCCUCCUCCUGUGCCGCCCUGUUGUCCUCACCGUGCCCCACUGUGCUGAAGUCAUCGCCGGAGACUGGAUCUUCCAGCUCAAGACCCAGGCCCAUCAGGGCCACUGGGAGGAGGUGGUGACCUUGGAUGAGGAGACCCUGAACACUCCCUGCUACUGCCAGCUGGAGGCGAAGUCCUGCCACAUCCUACUGGACCAGCUGGGUACCUACGUGUUCAUGGGCGAGUCUUACUCGCGCUCCGCCAUCAAGCGGCUCCAGCUGGUCAUCUUCGCCCCAGCCCUCUGCACCUCCCUGGAGUACAGCCUCAGGGUCUACUGUCUGGAGGACACCCCUGUAGCACUGAAGGAGGUCAUGGAGCUGGAGAGGACUCUGGGUGGCUACUUGGUGGAAGAACCCAAGCCUUUGCUCUUUAAGGACAGUUACCACAACCUCCGCCUCUCCCUCCAUGAUAUCCCCCAUGCCCACUGGAGGAGCAAGCUACUGGCCAAGUACCAGGAGAUUCCCUUCUACCACGUCUGGAACGGCAGCCAGAAAGCCCUGCACUGCACUUUCACCCUGGAGAGGCAUAGCCUGGCCUCUACUGAGUUCAGCUGUAAGGUCUGUGUGCGGCAAGUGGAAGGGGAAGGCCAGAUUUUCCAGCUGCACACAACGCUGGCUGAGACACCUGCUGGCUCUCUGGAUGCCCUCUGCUCUGCCCCUGGCAAUGCUGUCACCACCCAGCUGGGACCCUAUGCCUUCAAGAUACCAUUGUCCAUCCGCCAGAAGAUCUGCAACAGCCUUGACGCCCCCAACUCAAGGGGCAACGACUGGCGUCUGCUGGCGCAGAAGCUCUCCAUGGACCGGUACCUGAACUACUUCGCCACCAAAGCUAGCCCCACAGGCGUAAUCUUGGACCUCUGGGAAGCUCGGCAGCAGGAUGAUGGGGACCUCAACAGCCUGGCCAGUGCCUUGGAGGAGAUGGGCAAGAGCGAGAUGCUGGUAGCCAUGGCCACUGAUGGCGAUUGCUGAGUGCCUGUGAACACAGGCCUGUGGGGACCAGUCAGAGACGGUGCAAGGAGGCCUGGCAGCCUCUCCACGGGGGUGUCCAGCCUCCACCAUCCCUGGCUCACAGCUGGAACAGUCCCUCACUCCCCUGCCCGCCACAACCCUUAGACCACCACCAGCCUUAGAAAGUCUCUGUGCUCUACUGCCAAGAGUCUGGGACCUUCUGCCCCACCAUUUCCCCAGCUCACUCUGGGGUGGGCUGAGGCCUCUGGGGCAGCUGAAGGCCAGAGACUUUCCCCCUCCAUGACACACCACCCUCAGCCCUGUGACGUUGGGGGCACACAGGUUUCAAUUCUGUGUUCACGUGGUCCUCAGCUAGAGACCGCUCUCCUAUCCCUGGUCCUCUUUGAAGGGUCGAGUUUAGUUCUGGCAAACUGCUUGCUCCUGUCCACAAGCAGAGGGGGUGUGUUGGAGGCGGGGUGGAGAAUGAGUCUCUGAGGUCAUCGAGACUCAGGCUGUGGGAGAGCAAAAAAACCGAUAAGGGCAAAGAAAGACCCAGUUUCUUAGGGAACGCAAAUGAUUUAUUAUCCAGAUACUUGGAUAGGUCCUUUUUACAAAAACAAACAAGCAAAACGGUAAGAAAAGAAAAAAAAAAAACUUUUAUCCUUGUAUGUGGCUACGAGUGGCUAUGCUUGUGAUUUGGGCCAUAGGCGAGUGCACUCGUGGGCACGUGUGUGCGUGAGUGUGUGCGUACAUGGGUGUGGUCAGUAAGAGACUGCACGGGGGAAUGCUUUGCUAUGGCAAGGCCUUAGUUUCCCCAGCUGUGCAGGGAGCUGAGGCAGGGUUUUAGCCAUGGUACUGAGUUCUAAAAUCACAAGCAGAAGCUGAGGCCUGGAGGUCCUCCUACUCUCCAGAGCCCCUCAGCAGGCGCCCUUCUGUGGCCUCCUGGUUUCUGAGGGUCCACAUAGAGGUGCAGGCCAGCUGUGGUCCGGGGAGACUGACCAGGUCUCUUACUUUGCUGGUUCCUGGUCUUGUGUUGGCCAGGGGUAAGGCUCUUACUGAGAGGGAGGGGGUACUCCAGCAAGGGUCCUCUCUCUCUCCCAGGCUCUGUGUCUAGGCUGGCACUAGUCCGUCCGCACCCCUGUGCCUCUAGCCCCCGGUUAUCCACUGAUCUUCCUUCUGGAGUCAGGAGAUAUGAAGGUAACUUUUCUAAGGAGACAGCUAUAUACCCACUCUUGGCCAUAGCCCAUUCUGGGGUGUUCCACAGGGCCACCGGUUUGUCCCUUCAGCCCACAGGCAGUGAUGGAGAUCAGGACCCCACUGUAGACAUAGAGAUCCUACUGGAGGACACUUACCCUAGAGUCAGGGCUUGUUGUAAAACUUCUCUGAACUACCGUUGCAGCCUGGACGUGUCCUGAGCUUUGAGAGUUAGGGCCUCUGUGGGAGGCCAGUUUCAUGGCCAUGCACCCAGCAAGCGUCUGUGCCCUGGUCUUCCUGCAGUGGCUUCUGAGGCGGGGUUCUGAGACUAAGACCAAGGCGCCCCUGGCAUCGUGGUGAACAGUGCCUCAUAGAGUAGUCCUCAGCUUCUGCUGCCAAAGACACUCAUCCCUGUGGGCAUACUCUUGCUGGUCACUGAUAGCCUGCACGUAGAAGGGGGAACUCUGGGAGCCAAGUUGUAGCUGUGCUGUGUGACUUCAGGUGCAGAAAUGCUUUCUCUGGGCUUAAGUGUCCUCCUAUCCUGAGAUGUUCCACGAGGCCCCUUGGGUUCCCACACUUCUCUGGGAAUCCAGCAGAGACAAGUUGAUUGUGGUCUGCGUGCUCUCUCCUUUGCCCGCCCUGGGAAACCUGCCUGCCUGGGCCCCGACUCACUGAGCACUCGGUGAGCGAGUCUCAGUUUACAGUCCGACUCUUAGAAGGUGCUCGGCGUCUGGGGUGCAGAGGCUGGUGCUGGAGCCUGCGGUAGGGCUCCAACCGGACAGUUGGGUAGCAACAGCCCGGGUAAUGUGGGCCAACUCUGGGCUGAGCCAGUCAGGGCUGUUGGGUUGGGUUUCCAUUCCUGCCUCCAAUGAGAUGGAGCCCCAUUCCUGGCCAGCUCGGUGUUGCCAGCUCCUGCAGGGUAUUUCCGUGUCAUCUUGGAUGUAUGUGUGAUUGCCAGUGUGUGUGUGUGUGUGUGUGUGUGUGUGUGUGUGUGUGUAUGUACAUGCGAGUGCGUGCAUGCCUGUGCUCUUCAACUUGGGCACAUCAGGGCACCCUCCCCCCCCAACCCCAACGCACACACCUGUCCUCCCCACACACAUGUGGACAUGACCUCUGUGCCCAGGCUUGUGUCACUGGAGGUGGGCAUGCCUGUUUGCUGUCCCCGAGUCACAGUCAGUCGUUGUAUCUCCUAUGUGCCUCUCCUGCCCUUUCUCAAUGGGGCCAGGCUUCUGAGCUCUGGCCAGAUAACCCCAGAGGGACAGGGACCCCCCUCAUCCCUGGACGUUACAGGGCUUCUCUGGCCCCCAUCUUGAGGCUCCCAGGCGUCUGAGUGAGCGCCUUCCUCCCACCCUCAGUGGUAGGUGGGUGGGAGCUUGGGUGCCAGGCUGUGAACGUGGCUGUGUGUCUGUGGGUUCCGAUACGCUGCGGACGGUGGGCCGGUUCAUUCUGUAAACAACUUGUAAAUAGUCUUUAGCAUUCCUCUUGUAACAAAAUUAAUUUUUAUGAAAUAAAUUAUAUUUCCUAGUCUAACAAAAAAAAAUCCAGAUCUGA